AUGUUUUUUGUCUUCGUGCUGAGAUCGCUCUUUUCGCUGAAGUCGCUUGAAUUUAGAAAUUUGGAUAAUCGCGUGUUCCGACUGGCGAACGCUGUUGGUGGGUCUUCGCUUAACCGGUGGGCACCUGGACUGCCUCCACGACGAGGCUUCGGCAGAGGAGGAAGACGCAGCAAUCGCACUCGCGGGCGAAACUACACAGUCAUCUAUCGGCCGGGCGAAAGCGAAACGAAGAACUGCUUGAACUUGUUCGACCCGACGUUGGUUCCAAAAGGGCGCAAUUAUUUUGAACAUGAAGACCGGUCGAAAGAGUUUUCACGUGGUUUUAGAGGACGCAGCAGCCGUGGUCCAAGGCGUUCCAGGGCUUUCGACAGACCGUCACAGCAGAGCAGGCAGAAAAUAUUCGAAGAACCGUGGAAGCAUGACCUGUACGAAGCAGAUAUGUCCUCAUCGUCGUCGCAGCACGAAGUCGCGGCGGAGCUCGUCGCCGCCGUUCCAAAUGGUUGA